AUGGAGCCAGCCGCGCUGCUCGACGCCGCCCGCCAGGCCGCGCCGGCGCACCUGCAGCGUCCCGAGGCGGGCCUGUCGGUCCGCCACGCCGCCGCCGCCACCCGUCCCGGCUACAGCGUCCUCGAGGUGGGCAUCGCCGGCGCCUUCUCCGCCGCGAUAGAGGUGGUGGUGGCGCCCGAGGGCUCCGCGGGCUGGCUGCCACGGCGCGUGGUGGUGGGCCCGCACGAGGACGGGGCCGCGUGCCCCGCGUACCUGCCGCACCCGCGGACGCACCUCUUCCGCGCCCUCUCCGCCCACGCCGGCUCCCUCCUCGUGCAUCUCGACGCUCUGCCGCCCCCGGAGCGCACCUCCUGCGACCUGCCCGCGGCUCGUCCCGCCCUAGCGGCCCUCGCGCUGACGCCUCCUCGGCGGUGCGGCCGGCUGCUCGCGCCGGCCGGGCCGAGCAGCACGGUCCUGCUGCCGCCCACCGUCCGCACGCCGCAGCUGCAGGCGUACCAUCCGGGCUGCUUUGCCGCUAGCCGUGGGUCGGCCUGCUGGGAGGCGGAGUGGGUGGCGCUGAGGGAGUGAUGCGGCGCACAGUCAUCGCGGGCGGCGUCAGCGCGUAUGCUGUUUGCCCGGGGUCGUUCUGGCCACCGCGCACCGAGAGCUCGAGAAGCCGUGUGGCAAGGGCUGCUGCGGUGGGCAGUGAGGAGCUCCGGGCCGCACCUGCUUCGCGCCGGCAGAGGAGCACCCGCUCGACGCGGAGUAGCUCGAGGCGUGGCGGCGGCGGGGCCGCGCGGGCGAGGGCGGAGCGGGCGCCGCAGCUGGCCGCCGCGCUGAGCGCUCAACCUCGAGGCGGUGCUGCUGUCGGCGGGCGUCCUGAGGAGGGCGUCCUGUCUCUGCACAUGGAGCUCGCCGCCGCGAGGCGUCGGGUCGGU